CUCUGUGAGAGGAUGGUUUUUGAUUUUUUUUUUCUUCUCGAAAACAAAACAGGAAGGGAUAAGAGCCGAGAGAGAGAAUGCUUAACUUGCUAACUGAGCUACAUCAGUUGCAUUUUGAAAAGAAAAACAAUAAAGAGAAUACAGUUAAGUUUUCUGCCAGUCACUUAAUAGGAAAAUACAUUGAAAGAUUUGUUUUUAUAGACGAUGGCAAGCUGGACCUUGCAGCAAGAUAGCUAAAUGUGUCGGCGGUUUGCAGACGCAAAAACGAGCUAACCAGCGCACUUGAAAAAUUGUACUUCCGCGUACAAUGUUCUUUUCCGCAGACAAGCGUCAACUUUCGACCAGGAACCCCCAUUAGACGUGUCAAUUCACGUAGGAGGCUCAUUUAUUCCAAGUCUGGGCUGUUUUGGGCCCCGUGCUCGAACCCCACCAUGAGCAUCAUCGGAGCAGAGGACGAUUUCUUCGAGAACGACCUGGGUCCCACGGUGGACGACCAGUGCAGCCACUUCAACAGCAUCGACCUGCUGAAGGACAGGCCUACUCACCUGCUGGUCUUCCUGCACCACGUCCUUCUGCAGUUUGACACUGCUCCACUGCUGUGCUACCUCCACGCCGACCUCUUCAAGCCCCUCAGCGCCAAAGAGACCAAGAAGCACUUCGUGGACUUCUACAACACGUUCGUGGACAAGGGAGCAAUCCUCAGAGUGCCAGUGCCCACCCAUGUGUCCGUUGAGUUCGAGCGUUCACGUCCAGAAAGCAUCAGUGAGGACAUGCAGAAGCGCUUCACUGAGGAAAUCCAGGCCCAGCUGGUACCCGAGAUCAUGCGGCAGCUGGAUGACUUCAAGCAGAAGAGGAUGAUGGGAAUGAUACUCAACGAGCACGAGCUGAUCGAGGUGGAGUCCCACCACCCCACGGAGAGGAUCCCCACGGAGAUGAAGGAGAAGGCCGUGGCGGAAAACCUGCUGGAGAAGCUCUCCGACAUCCCACCCGGCAUCGACGAGGACAAAUACACCGCCAUCUUCGCCGCCCUGGUCUCCUACAUGAAGCACCUGGGCGUUAAGUACAGGACCCACGACGGCAAGAAGUCCAGAGGGUUCUUCAAGAAAAGGAAUCCCCUGAGGAGGUUCGAAGAUUCAGCCCGACAGAGAUUCCCCAACAUACCUUGGAUUGGGAGCAAUGAAAUCAAAAUGCCCAAACUGGAGAAUGAAGGUGAGAAAGAGAAGGCGGUCCCCCCUACCCGCAUCGUGGGCCCCGAACCCAGCCCGCUGCCCUUUCCGCACAAGAAACAGGCCUCCAUGGGGCCUCCGGGGGGUCACCUGGGGUCAGAGGGCAGUGAGGGUUCAGGGGUCAGCGUCAGCAUGACCGCCAGCCUGGACUCCUCCCAACCCGAUUUUGGGCUGCUCAGUCGCUCUGAAACCCUGGUGGUGUCGGAAACGGUGGAGGUGCCCCCCGCGUUCAAGGGGGGGCCGUCCGUCUCGGACCUCACCCCGACCAGCGAACCCGCCGUGGACGACAGCCAGGACGGAGACAGGACGUCGGCGGCGGUCCGGCGCAGCGAGAGCCUGCACAGCGAGAGGCGCCGCUCGAAGCGCGGCUCCGGCCGGGACAAGCAGCCGCGCUCCCGCAGCGACGUGGACCUGCAGGCGGCCACCGCCUCCGCCGCCCACCCCCUCUCGCCCUCCCCCCACCACGCCCCCUUCUCCGAUGGCGGGGUCAGCCCCUCUGAGGGCUCUGCCCCCGGCCCCGCCUCCUUGCUGGCCCCCUCCCCUCAGGAGGAGCUGGAGCCCCGCCUCCUGGAGCUGGAGCAGGACCCCCCCAACUGGAGGGAGCAGGCCCCCAGCGACGCCCUGAGGAACCUCAGCAAGAAGGAGACCAAGAGGCAGGAAGUCAUCAACGAGCUGUUCGUCACCGAGCACGCCCACGUGCGCAUGCUGAGCGUCCUGCAGACCAUCUUCUUCCGGCCACUGGAGCGCAGGGAGAUCAUGACCCUCCCCGAGCUGGCCGCCAUCUUCCCCAACCUGGACGAGAUCAUCGAGAUGCACUAUAACUUCUACGACGACCUGAAGAAGCUGCGCCAGGAGGACAACUACAUCGUCAGAUCCGUCGGGGCCACACUGCUGAACAGAUUCAGCGGGGCGGAGGGGGAGUGGUUCCAGAAGCUGACCGCUCGGUUCUGCGCGCACCAGACCUAUGCCCUGGACCAGAUCAAAGGGAGGCAGAAAAAAGACGCCCAUUUUAACGCCUUCAUUCAGGAAGCGGAGAGCAAGCCUCAGUGCAGGCGCCUUCAGCUGAAGGACAUCAUCCCCACAGAGAUGCAGAGGCUCACCAAGUACCCGCUGCUGCUGAUGAACAUCGCCAAGAGCACAGUGGACCAAACGGAGAAGGAGAGCGUGGAGCAGGCUGCCGAGUGCUGCCGCAAGAUCCUGAACCACGUCAACGAGAAUGUGAAGGACAUGGAGAACCUGCUGACCCUGAAAGACUACCAGCGCAGGCUGGACCCGUCUGGACUGAAGCCCAGUAAUGACCUGUACGUGGAGUACAAGAAUAUUGACCUGACUCAGAGGAAGAUGAUCUACGAAGGGCCACUGACUUGGAAGGUCACUAAGGAGAAGGCUAUAGACGUGCAGGGUGUGUUGCUGGGAGACAUGCUGGUGCUGCUGCAGAAGCAGGAUGAUAAGAUGGUGCUGAAGUGCCAGAGUAAGAGCAGCGCAGCUGUGCAGGAGGGGAAGCAGAUGCUCAGCCCCAUCAUCAAGCUGGACACCGUGUUCCUCAGGGAUGUGGCUACCGACCGGAAGGCCUUCUACGUGAUCUUCACCUGGGAGAGCGGGGCGCAGAUCUACGAGCUGGUCGCGCACUCCAUCGCCGAGAUGAAGAACUGGAAGGAGCUGAUCACGUCCACGGUGCAGGAGCUGAAGCGGAACGAGGGCACCCUGGACAGGAGGAGGAUGGGCAGCCUGAUCCCGCCGGGGGCGCUGUUCAGCUCCAGCCCUUUGGCGUCCCCACACUCUAGUUCUGAGAAUGGAGCAUUGUCAUUGAAAACCAGCUCUGACCGGGAUAAGGACCGCCUGUCUGAGGAGAAGGGAGGGGACUCCUCCCAGGCGCUGAUGGAUCACCUCCUGGCCAGCGGCUUCGACCUCAUCGCCCACAGCAACGCCCCGCAGGAGAAGGUCGCUGACGAGGCCCUGAAACACGUUGGUUCCCUGAGGCUGCUGGUGAGCUCGGGCCUACCGGAGGACCGCGAUGCCGCAGAGUCGGGGAGGAGUGAAGGGGCGGAGCCAGACGCACAGAGCUGUCAAUCAUCGGAUGGAGGGGUGCAGGGACAGCGGGACGGGGCGGCGGCCAAGGAGAAGAGCGAGGCAGCGAGGACGCUCGAAAGUCUGGAGGAACACCUGAAACACCUGCAGAAUGUGGAAGAUGAGUACCACCGGUUACAGGAACUCCUCUCCAAGUACAUCCUGUCUAAGGGCAACUUCCAGUGAAGCACACUGCCUCUACUGGACGACCAGAUCACUGUACAUGCUGGAAUUAAGUGGAAGACUUGUAUUUGGGGUGACUCAUCAGUGCUGCCUGGAGUUUCUUGUACGUGCUUGUCUGCUUGAGGGUUUUCUAGUCCCUUCUGAAGAUUGACAGUUGGCCACAGCCAGUAGUGAAGCUGGAGACAUCAGGAGGUGGGCUUUGACAGUGCAGUAAUGUAGCCUCAUGGGACAGGGAGAACUAGAAUGUGUGUAUGCAUGCAAGUGCGUGUGUGUGUGUGUGUGUGUGUGCAUGUGUGUGUGUAUGCGUGCGUGUGUGUGUGUGCAUGCUUUUCCCUCUCAGGCUUUACUUCUGCGUGUGUGAGAGCGAGAGAGGCAAAUCAUUUGCAAGCUGGUGAUGUGUUGACGCCAGCAUUGCCUGCAAAUAUACUUUUUUAUUCCAGAAAAAAACACAGUAAUUCCGGUUCAAAGGAAACCUUGGAGCAUUCAAUCGAAAAGCAUUAAUAUGUCAUUACCCCGCCGUUAGCAUUUAGCAUGUUCACCUGGACAGUCUGCAAUCCCUACAAAUCCAGUAUAUAAAUGCUGGGGAUGUGCUGUCCCUGUUCAGCUCGUAUAUGUGCCCUCAGUGCCCCAGACUGAGUUAAACGGCAUCGGCUCAACGUGCUCUGCUACAGUAACUGGCACGGCAGUGUUUUAUCUCCCAUCGGAAGCCCUAAUCAGUUUUCAUAAUUAUUUUGUGCACGUUAUAAUUGUGAAAAGGUUUGAUAAUUAAUGGGGGUUGAAAUUACCUCUCUUACUCUAAGGAAUAAAAUAUGACAUGUAUAUAUAUAUAUACUGUGCAUAUACACACAUACAGUAUAUAUACAGUAUAUAUAUUUGGCAAUGCCUCUAUAUGUAUGUAUAUAGAGAGAGAGGCAUUGCCAAAUAUAUAUUUACAGAAUAAAGGCUAAGUUCUAUAUAUAUAUAUAUAUAUAUAUACAUAGAAUUUAGCCUUUAUUCUGACAUAUGUAAAUCUGCCUAAAACAGAAAAAUUUGAAUCAUAGAUUUAUUUAUUGAAAUGGAAUCAUGUGCAUUUUCACCUUUCCUUUUUCUCCGCUUUUACUGUGUGUGUUUGUGUGUGCGUGUGUGUGUGAGAGAGAGAGAGAGAGAGAGAGUAUGUGUGUGUGUGUAUGUGUGAGUGUGUGAGAGAGUGUGUGUGUGUCUUUAUGUUUAUGUGUGAGUGUGUGAGAGAGUGUGUGUGUCUUUAUGUUUAUGUGUGAGUGUGUGUGAGUGUGUGUAUGUGUGUUUAUGUGUGAGAGUGUGAGUGUGUGUAUGUGUGUUUAUGUGUGAGAGUGUGUGUGUGUGUGAGUGUGUGUAUGUGUGUUUAUGUGUGAGAUGUGUGUGUGUGUGAGUGUGUGUAUGUGUGUUUAUGUACGAGUGUGUGAGAGUGUAUAUGUGAAUGCGUGAGUGUGUGAGAGUGUGUGUGUGUGUAUGUGUGAGAGUGUGUGUAUGUGUGUUUAUGUGUGAGAGUGUGUGUGUGUGUGUGUGUUUGCAUGCGUUGUCGGGGGAUGGCAGAGAACUGCACAGACAGGAUGGAGGAUAGUGGGAUAAGGAAGAAUAAAAAAGGUAGAGUGAAGGAAAGAUGGUAAUACUAUUCCCAGCUUGGUGGCUUUGCGGGUGCUUACUGCUUCCCAGCACUGUACAAGCGCAGUGCCCUGGAAAAGUACUGAACCAGGCAGACUCUUACAGGAGGACCAGCACUGACCACAGCUGACUACAGGAGAGAAAAGCAUUGUGAACUCAAAAAAAAACCCAAAAAAAACAACCUCCGGUCCCGGCACUCAGCCCAGCCAAUCACAGCCUUCUGCUCUGGUGAUGAAGCCAUUUUGGUUAGAUAACGAGUUUGGCGGCUGCCAGUCACCCACCCAGUAAUGGGUGGAUUUUGUGAAGCCUCGCUGUUGCGUCACAGCUGACGAUCAGCUCCUGGCUGAUCUGGGAUCAGUAUGGACGUGAACUGGGACGGGGCGUGGUCGUCCGCCAUUUUACAGGAAAACCCUUUUUUUCGGGUAUGUGCCAACGGUCACUUCAGUCGCCUAAGAGCAGUCAGUUCUAGACGUUUAUGCAUUUUGGGGAACGUUGAUGUUUGUGACAAUAGUUAUUUACACCGGUCUUUGUUGGUUAUUUUAUUGUACUUUUUUUUUUGUUUUUCAUCUUUCAAAGACAACUGACUGUAACAGAUACUACAUCAUACUUGCUUGUUUCGAUUCGUCCAUUUAAUGUCCAGAACCAAAGAGGCCAGGUGUACAUUUUUCUGUGAAGUAAUGGAAUAUUUAAUGUCAAUGCAAAAAAAACAGGUGAACAAUCCAGAUAUGCUGAAUCAUGAGACAUCCGUGUUAACCUUGUGCUCCUUUGCAUGAGAUGCUGAUUUGCCCCUGGGUCCAGAUGCAGAAGGACUGCGUAUCGUAAACGAAGCCCUCGCCUCGACGUGUGUGGCCGCGAGCGUAUUUAAGAUAAGAAAAAUUAUUCUGACGCGCGCGGCGGUGAAAACCAUAAAAGAAGAAGAUACGGAGGUCCUUCCUGGACCGGGGCUGAACGCGCCGACUGCAAUAAACUCUGCGCCGGAAUCGGAAUUUGCAUCGCUGCUGUCGGGUUACUUAGAGGUUUUUUUACUAAGCUCGCUUUUGUGCUCCCAAAUGAUUUAGUUGGCUUCAUCGGUGAGCGGCAGUGACGCGUCGGCCAUCUUUGUGUGAGCGUGAGCGCGAUGCCAACGUGCCGGUCUUCUUCUUUAGUACUUCUUUCUUUUUCCAUUUCUACUUCUCCAUUUCAUUUGACGGUCCUGAGAAGUGGCUGAAAUGGGAGGUUUAUUUGAGGAACACAUUCAUUCAUAUUCAGUACAGCGCAUGUGGGUUAGAAAUUUGGUGUGGGGGUGGGGUGUGGGGUGGGGGGGGUAGGCCUUCCUUACUGUGUCCUGCCCUUUCUUCCCCGCUGUGAGGCCCAAACGAACUCUGUCCUACUGACCAGCAAACAGGACAACCUGGGGACGAGAUAAGUGCACCAUUCUCCACCCCGUCACCCACUCCUUUUCUCCACUUGCUUCCCUCUCUACCAGCUCCGUAUUCCACGGUGUGCGAAUGCUUUGUGGUGGUCGAUUUUUUUUUUCUACCGGUUGCUUCCGUAACGGGAAUGUUUUGUAGGGAUGGUGUAAUUUUUGUGCAUUACCAAAUAUACAGUAGGGGUAGUCGAGGACUCGGACUCUCAUUGCACGGUGUGCAGAUCCUCUUCCAUGCAAGCACACAGAGAAGAUUGCCAGUAUAACACGGGAUGGACAUUAAUUGACUAAAAAGGCAUUUUUGUUGAAAAUUUUUAUGUGACUGGAACCUGAGUAACUGUUUGCAUCAGUCUGUGCGGACAGCUCUGUUAAGCUAGAGUUGGGGUCGAUUUUCUUUCUUCUGACUGUUCUGACAAAUCUGACUUCUGUCUGUGCAGUGCAUUCAGCCAACUGUUUGACUAUUCUAUUCUCUGAUUACGUUCUGAUUAUGUUGAAUAUUCUGACUAUUCAACUUGUUCUGAUUACGUUGAAUACUCUGACUGUUCAAAGUAUUCUGAUUGUGCUGAACACUAUUCCUAGUACUCAGAUUAUGUUGAAUACUCAGACUGUUCGAAGUAUCCUGGUUAUGUUGAAUACUCAGACUGUUCAAAGUAUCCUGAUUAUGUUGAAUACUCAGACUGUUCAAAGUAUCCUGAUUAUGUUGAAUACCCUGACUAUUCGAAGUACACCAAAGGACUGCUCUGACAACUGACUGUUCUGUUCUGUUGGUUUACUUCAUGACGGUGCUGAGUACUUCCUGACUGUUUGUCCUAAGCUCAUUUGGAGCCCUGUGGGUCAUGGCUGUGCCUGUGUAUGAAAGGCAGUGCGUAGGAGGGCAUAGUCUGUAGGGCUUAGAGGAAAGCUUUGCUUCUCAUGUGCACAUGCUUUGCGGUCUAUCUAUACAUUAUAGUAUAUACAGUAUGUCUGAGUACAUUAUAUAGCUGGGGUGCCUUAUCAGAUGGUCAACUACUGUUAAAAGGACUUUAUAGACAACUCUGGUUGUAUACAUUUGGCUGGUUAAAUCCAGAUUAUGUUACUGAGUGAUUAAAUUGAAAGCAGAGCUUUAAGACCAAUAUGUUGUAAACUAACCCUUUCUAAAAAAAACACAUUGCUUCAAGUGGAAGGUAUGUAAAGCAUUAUUGCUGUUUAUGCUGAAUGUGGCGCCCUCUGGUGUUGCAGGAAUCCAGCUGCACCAUAUUUUUCCAAUAGAGAGUUCCUGGAAUGUGUCUGAUCUUGUAUGAGGCACCCCUGCUUGUAUCAGCCAACAUGGAUUUGCAAGAAUUAUUCUUUAUAUAUGGGCUUAAAUUUAUUUUGUAAGAGGGUUUUGAAUUUUAUGUAAUUAGAGUUGAGGUACUUUUUUUUUAAAGAGCCUGGUUUUAAAAUAAAUAUUUAAAAAUGA